UUUGUGGGAUUAUCAGUUGAAUGAACAUUCGACUCGAUGUCAAGUUGCAAGCAGCUGGUUUCACACCUAGUUCAGAAUUGAGAGCAGAUUUGAUAGCUUCCCUUAAUCAACACAAAGAGAAACAACAACUAUGGAGAAAUCAACACAAGGUUAUAAGGAAGCUGUCUCCUGUUUCGAGCCGUGAAACUUCGCCACGUCACAUCUCUGGAAGAAGAGGUGAUAGAAAACUGGCUUAUGUGGUUUGUCAAUUGGCCGGAAGGUGGGUUGCUGAAAGGAAUUGGAUCAUUCCUUUUGUAUACAACUGUCAAGACGAGGGUUGUUUAUCUGUAGAUAACGACGGUCAAUUUGUCUUGGAUAGCAGCAGUAGUCCUAUUCAUGAUGCUUCCGAUUGGCAAGCUACUGGAUUUGACUCUAUGAAUCUUCAGUCGUCGGAAGAUGGGGGUAGUUGUGAAAAGGCUGACUUGGAUAUUCCUUCAGUGUGCAAAGCGGCUUUGGAAGACGCCUUACAUUGGGGUAUUAGUGGAGUGGAAGGAUAUUCAGGUUUUAUUUUUAGAUAUCCUCCUCAAGUUAUUCUUACGAAUCAAAACAUAAACGCAGAACAUGCCCUGGUCGUUCAUUUAUCUUGCCGACUUCCAGAUUAUAUUCCUCCAAGCUUUCGAGGGACUAGUAUGAAAUACCAAUAUCUAUUAGCUAUUGUAGCUGCUGAUGCUAGUCGUAUUCAUAAGCCGCAAGUGUUACGCAUUCCUUUGAUAUUUACUACCAGUCAAGCAACUAGUGUAGUUCGACCUAUUUAUAUUCCUUGGACAAUGAGACCCGAUUAUAAACAAUGUUCAUUCAAGUCCAAAAAUGGUAGUUUUCGAGUGCAUGCUUGCAUAAUGCCUAGUCGCGAUAACAUUCAGAGAAUGAUUGCGUUAUCUCCAAAUGGAAGAAUUACCCCUUUUGAUAAGAGAGAUGAAGACCCAAGACAAUUUGCCGUCUCGUAUCCUGUUUCCGAAGAGACGAUAUUUGACUGUAAGGAAGAGCAAACUACAGAUAGAGGAGCUUUAGUUCUGCAAGACGACGAUAUUCAAGGUCCCCAUACAUUUCCCUAUCUUUCGCAGAAGGAUAUAUAUUCUACAGACGAUAACAUACAGAGCAUCUAUCAAAUCAAACAAGGUUCCGAUAUUGUUUGUCGUAUAUAUGUAUUAAAGCGAGCAUUUCGUUGUGGAGAUUCCAUUGUCGGGUUUGUAGAGUUUUCCCAAAGUAAGAUUCCUUGCUAUCGAAUGACUAUCAAGUUAGAGACGGAAGAACGAGUACAUCCGAGAGCAUGCAAUCGGUCUUCUAAAAUGCCACUUAUAUUUCGAAAGACUUAUGGGGAGCGAAUGGAAUAUCCGAGUUUCGAGCAGAACACCGAAUUCAUGUUAAGUAUUCCUUUGGAUGCACCAGUAAGUUUUGAGACUACUGCAGUGUCUUUUGUAUGGUUACUGCGCUUUGUCUUUGAAAUACCAGAUGGUCCAGUUGAUGCACAAGAUAUGAAGUAUCAUGAGUUGUUAGGGACUCCAUUAUCGGAAGUUGACUAUCUUUUACAAAGAAAUACGAAACUACUCAACUGGUGUCUUCCUCUUGUUGUUUAUGGUGGAGAUAGAUUUGCAUUUGUACCGAACACUGUCAUGGGUCUUGAUUUGUUGUACGAUACGUGAGAAUGGAACAUAGAGAAAACCAAUUUACGAGUCAUUUUCCAUACUAUCACUUCAAUACUCAUUAUAUACAUACAGUAUACCAUUUUUCUUCCUAAAACUAGACUUUUGAACAACUUAUUACAUAUUCUUCGUCAUUCUCAUCUAUUUGUAUAGGCACGAAACCUGCCAUUUUGCAUAAAAGAAGAACCUCAUGGGGAUGGAGCACAGACUUAUUGAUAAGCAUACUUUGGCUUUCUGCAGUAGUAGUACUGGUUCCUUGGUACUUUGGUAAAGUAAUGCAUAGAAUACCUUUGUUUCGAAGGCAAAUAUAUGCUCUAGCAACAACAGCUUCUAAUACUGAUUCGUUGAUAGUGCUCGUUUCCAACUUGACGUGCACAGCAGAACAACUAUCUGACUGAGGGGGAAAGGUUAAACCCAUAUCAUGAGGAUGACUAUUACGCAAGAAUAUCUCAAGACUUGUUCGCGGUGAACAAGGUUCUUGAUAUAAAAAGUUGGAACCACCAGUGGUCCUCAGUGGUGAACCAGCGUUGGACAUUUCUGUUAUGAGAUUUUCUCUUUCUUGAGAUUUCGUCAAGACGGGAAUUUUCAAUCUCAUUCACUCCCGUUCCUCUAUCAAAGAAUGAAGUAAAGGAACAAGGGUAUCCAUUUCCCAACGUUCUAAAUAGCUUUUUCGAAAUCUAUAGAGAGAUAAACACA